UCUGGCUAUGCUCCGUUCAUCCUGAUCUCAAUCCGUUGUCCUAGUCAGAGCUUCCGUAAAACAAAAUUAUCCAAAAGAAAAUAGGAAAAACCUCGCUUCAUCCGCCUCUCUGUUAUACACUCCCCGUAACCCCCCUGUGCUUCUACUGUGCUUCUGGCCAUGGCCGCCUCGCCGCCGCCCUCGCGAUUUGGGCCCCCCUUCCUCCCCCUCCUCCUCCUCCUCCUCGUCGUCGGUUACUUCACCGCCUCAGCAUCAGCGGCGGGGGAGCUGAGCCAGGUGGUGGGGAGGGGGGCGGAUGGGCCCUACUUCGAGCCUUUCAACGUGAGCUACGACCAUCGUGCGGUGCGCAUCGGCGGGCAGCGGAGGAUGCUCGUCUCAGCAGGAGUACACUACCCCCGCGCCACACCCGAGAUGUGGCCUAGUAUAAUUGCAAAGUGCAAGGAAGGUGGUGCAGAUGUAAUUGAGACAUAUGUCUUUUGGAAUGGGCAUGAACCAGCCAAAGGUCAGUAUUACUUUGAAGACAGAUUUGAUCUUGUGAGAUUUGUGAAGCUGGUUGCUGCUGAAGGCCUAUUUUUUCUCCUUCGUAUCGGCCCAUAUGCUUGUGCUGAAUGGAAUUUCGGUGGUUUCCCAGUUUGGUUACGUGAUAUCCCUGGCAUAGAAUUUCGUACUGACAAUGAGCCAUACAAGAAACGAUGUACAGUUACAACACUGAUUUUAGUGGGAGGAGCAUCCUCAAGCACUCCUUAACCACUAAGCCGUAUAAAUGUUUCAACAGGCUGAAAUGCAGACUUUCGUGACAAAAAUUGUAGACAUGAUGAAAGCCGAGAAGCUUUAUUCUUGGCAAGGUGGUCCCAUUAUAUUGCAGCAG